CAACUUUAUUUCCAUUCUCAUUCUUUCCUUUUUCAUCUUCAUUCAUCAAUUCAGAUCACCUACCACCCUCAAAGGCUCCAAAUCUGAUCACGUUAGUUUUGGUUUGUGUUCUACUAGUGCGAUUGAUUUUUAAUUUUUAGAGCACCUCAACUUUUGAAAUUUCAAGCCUUCAAUUGCUUAAGGUGCUAUAAUUUGGGUUUUAGCUAUUUUUAUGGAUACUAUCAAAGGCUACUUUACUUCCCUUUUAUUAAAUGAAAUCAUAUUUGGAAAUUCCAUUAUGAUAUUCUUAUAUAGAUAUAUAAAACCAUAAUUUUAGACUUUAGGUUCCAAAACGUUUUCAUAGUUUAAUACGACAAUGGCUUGUAAUCUACAACCCAAAAUUCUGAGUAAAAAUUUGAAGUCAUGGAAGCUUUUUUACACUAAAAAAUCUAAAGUGGGCUCACUUGGAAGGAUAGAACAUUGUAUGCAGAGAGAAUCGAAUUAUGUUUCUUCAUGUUCUCAGUCUGAAUCCUUAGAAUAUUCCAUUCCAUUUUAUUCCCUUACUCGGAUGCUCUUAAUUAAUACAUCUGCUGUUCCCCUUGAACAAGCAUCUAUGCGCCAUGUUAGAGUAUUAGUAUUUUUACAUAUUGAAAUGGAAGUUCUACUAUCUCUGUCCCUAUAUAUCGAUUGUUUAUAUUUUGCAUUGAUUGAAUUAGUUUUCAUCCUGUAACAAAAAAGUGAGGACCAUUACUCUGGAUGUCUGUAGAUACUCGUCUAAGUAUUUAAUGAAAGAUUGAAAUUCUUUAUAUUUUAUUAAAAUAUAAACCGCUUAGUUGAGACCAUGAAAUUAACGAAGAGGUGGUGCUUUACCUGUCCCUAUCUUGAACUUAAAUAGUGAUUGCAACUAAUUCUGCUUAACAUGUGUUUAAGCUCCCAUUUGUUAUUUAAUCGACAAAGGUUGAAGAGAGUUUGGCUGCAUUAAUAUCUCUGAUGGAAGGUGUACAACGCUUAAAAAUUCCUCUUAAAGACAUAAAGUUGGCAACCAAUAACUUUGGCGAUGAUAAUUUCAUAGCACAAGGUGGAUUUGGGAAGGUCUACAUAGGCCAAAUCACCCUAUCUGGACAAUCAAGCACCAUUGCUGUAAAAAGGUUGGACCGCAGAUUGGGACAAGGGGACCGAGAGUUCAUGAUGGAAAUCCAGAUGCUUUCACGCUAUAAACACAAAAACCUCAUCUCUCUACUUGGGUUUUGUGAUGAAGGUGGAGAAAGUAUCCUCGUGUAUGAGCAUGCAAAACACGGAAGCCUUGACAAAUAUCUAAGUGACUCUAACCUCUCCUGGAUACAACGUCUCCAAAUAAGCCUUGGUGCAGCCCGUGGCUUUAAUUACCUUCAUAAUGACGUGGGACUUCAACACAGGGUCCUGCAUCGAGACAUAAAGAGUUCAAACAUUCUCUUAAACGAGAAUUGGGAAGCAAAAAUCUCAGAUUUUGGAUUAUCGAAAAUAGGCCCUUCAAAUGUGGAGUUCACUUUUCUUGUCACUAAUGCUUGUGGCACCUUCGGCUAUGUUGAUCCACAAUAUGUAAGAACCGGUAUUCUAACAAAGGAGUCUGACGUGUAUUCGUUUGGUGUAGUACUAUUUGAAAUCUUAUGUGGAAGGUUGGCACUUAUUGAAAGAUAUCAAGAUGAACAUCGGUUUCUUUCGUCUCUGGCCCAAGUGUGUUGUGAAGACAACAGAUUAGAUGAGAUCAUUGAUCCCAAUCUCAUGAAUCAAAUGAAAGUAUGUUCGUUAAAGCUUUUCUCAAUGGCUGCAUAUCAAUGCUUGAGAGAAAAUCGGAGCGAACGCCCAACCAUGGGUUGGAUUGUUGAGAAACUUGAGAAGGCAUUAGAACUUCAAGCUUCUAGCAAAGGAUUUAUUCGGGUUGGCACAUGGGGACGAAGUGGAAAUCCUCCAAAUCAAUGGUCAUUUGAACUUGAGAAAGAUCAUAAGCUGGUGAAGAUAACCAUUGAUCAUGGUAAUGUAAUAUACUCCCUUAUGUUCACUAGUGAAUUUAGAGGUGUUUUCUACAAUUCUGAAAAGUAUGGGGGUUGGGCCGGUGGAGAAACAGUUUCUGAGGUCAUCUUAGAUGGUGACGAGGAAAUAAUAUGCAUUAAUGGAACCAUUGGUUCACGAGAUGGUUUUACAAUAAUUUCGUCACUAUCCUUUCAGACGAACAGAAGGACCCAUGAACCUUUUGGUCGAGUAACAAAAACUAGUUUCUCUAUACCAUGGGACAAAGGCUCUUUAGUUGGGUUUUAUGGCAUUGCUGGUUAUUACAUAGAUAGUUUUGGCAUAUAUGUUAAAGCUAACGAAGAAACCAUAAGGGUUGGAACAUGGGGAAAAACUGGGACCGGAAGUCCACAAAAUGUUUGGUCUUUCCAACUAGAGAAAAAUCAAAAUUGGAAGAAGAUAACCAUUGAUCAUGACGAUCUCAUAUACUCUCUCAUCUUCACCACACAAUAUAGAGGCUUAACACACACUUGCGAAAAGGCUGGUGGCUGGAACGGGGGAGAAACGGUUUCAGAGGUAAACAUCUCAUAACUCAAAGAAGUUAAAAUACGUAAUCUUAAAAUAAUUAUUCAUAUUGUCCGAAGUUCAUGUUUCUCAGGAAAUGUGACAUGUGUAAUAUAUAGAAAACAACACGGUCAUUUUUUAAUUAGAGUUUCUAACCAAAAUACUGUUUUUGAAAAAAAAUUUACCAUAUGACAUAGUUUUAAAAUAUUUAUUAAGUAGAUGUAUUUUUAAAAUUUAAUAUUUUUAUAUUGAAAUCAUUGUAUUUUUUUUUUUUUGAACUUGACUAUAAUUUUUUUUUG